AUGAACGGCGAACUGUUUGACUACGGAAUCUUCGAUUGCCCUUGGAUGCAUUCCUUGGAUCCGGACUAUCCCGCCAUGUGCUUGCCCUACCAGGAGAUCCUGUCGCCCAUUCCUGCGGCCGACCUGCCAACGGAGACGGUCUUCAACGUGCCGGGCGGCCUGGUGGGUGACUUCGCUGCUCGAGACUCCACCUUCAUCAUGCCCGACGGCCAGGCCAUGGAGUGCAGCGACGAGAUCGAGCGGCUGACGGGGGCAGACGCGGACGAGGCGCAGAAGUGCUCCAAAGCAGACUCGGCCCUGCAGUGGCUGAAGUGCGGGAUCCCAUGUCCGGCUGCCUUCCCGAUGUCCGUGGAGGACUUCACGGGCCGUGCCGCUGUGGUCCUGGGCUUCAUCGUGAUCUCCAUGGGCGCCGGUCUCGCGACCUACUUCAAGGUGGGAGGGAGCAGCGAGAACUUCUUUGUGGCCGGGCGGGACUUGCCCGUGUGGAUCUUGGUGUGCACGCUUGGAUCCCAGUGCUUGGAUGCCAGCUCCGCACUUGGCAACCUGGACCUCGCUUACAAGUACCACUUCUGGGACGGUGCGGCGCUGCCAAUCGGCUUGGCUCUCUCGCUGCUCAUCGUCGGGACCUUCCUUGCAAAGCCCCUCCAUGCCAUGAAGCUGCUGACGCUCCCGGAUGCCUUUGCACGUGUUUACGGCGAGGCAGCCGAGGUCAUGUGCUCCCUGGUGACGAUGAUCUCCUUCAUCUUCCUGCUUGCGGGGAACCUCGUGGGCUGCGGGAAGGUCACGUCCUACCUAUUUGGCAUGGAUGAGUACGUCGGCAUCGUGCUGGCUACCUUCCUGAUUUGGAUGUACUCCUGCGCUGGUGGCCUGCUGUCGGUGGCCUACACCGAUGUGAUCCAGGCGCUCAUUGGCUGGACGGGCUUCGUCGUCGCCACGGCAUGGAUCCAGGGCAACAUGCCCAGCAGCGCAGGGGUCUCCGUCGCCUACCCUGUAGGCGACAUGCCGGUGAUCGGUGCUGGCCUCACAGACCCGGACAGCUACGAUCCCAUCCCGAACGCCAUCUUCUUCAACUGGGCCACGGUCAUUGUGUUGGCCUUCGGAAACUGCAUGGCUCUGGACUUCAAUGCCCGCUGCUUCGCGGCGAAGAGUGGCAAGACGGCUCAGAUUUCAUGCAUCCUCGCCGGCAUCAUCGCAGGCAUCGUCGGCGUCUUCAACACAUGGAAUGCCGGCACCAUGCGAGCUCUCUACGGCCCCUCCUCCCCGCACGCCGAGUUUGUGGCCAACUCCUGCUCGGCGGACAUCACGGUGAUCGGCUGUUUCGGUGGAGCCGCUGCGGACCCGUACCUGCUCGGCAUUGUGGCUGCCUCCAUGUCCACCGCCGAUGGGGCCAUUGUAGCCCUUGGCACCGUCUUCUCUCACAACUUGCUGCGCAAGACGAAGCGGGUUUCGGACGAGAACCUCCUGAAAAUCACCCGCUCCUCCACCUUGCUCUUCUCCAUCAUCGCGGGCCUCAUUGCCAGCACUCGGCCGAACGAAACAGGCUACUUCCUAAUCGUCGCCUUCGACUGCGUCUUCGCAGCCGGCGUCGUGCCCUUGUUCGCUUUGGUCUACUGGAAGAACAUCAAGCCUGAGGCUGGAUUCCUGUCGCUGGUGGCCGGGGCUCUUUGCCGUAUCAUCCUGGAGAUCGCGCUGCCCAAGGAUGGACUCCUGCUUUGGCUCGGGACCUUCGCAAGGAGCUUCGGCCCCGGAAUCGAGGACCCGGAGAUGUUCGACGAAGCCAUCAUGUUCGGCAGGUUGCCGGAGGUUUGCCCCCAGGAGAAGCUUCUGGACCUGACUGGCCUGGAUUCCUUGGUGUCCCCCGCGGUGGCCUUUGUGGUCUUGGUCCUGGUCCAGCUCCUUCCCAUUAAGAACAUCGGUGGCAAGUGGUUCACACCAGUUCCCGCACCGGAUGAGAAGGCAUCCUCCAACGAGCAGCCCGAAAAUGCUGAGAUUUGA